AUGUCCAGCGACGACGAGCUCCGCGGCCUCCUGGUACAGGAAUCCACCACCGCGAUCGUCUCCGGCGCCGAUCCCUCCCGCCCCACGGCCCGAUCGGCCCACUUCCUCCUCCCCCGCGCGGGGGGCGCUCGCCUCCCUGCUCUGCCAUCCCCGCCCCGCAAUGCCGGCCCUGUUCUUGGCGACCAGCUCCCUGUCGAUUGGACGGCCUGGCCCGGCUCCUCGAAGCUGUGGAGGCGGUGGGUGGCCAGGCUUCGGCCGCGGCAUGAGCGCCUCUGGCGGAAGCUUGGGAUCUUGGACGCCGUCCUCGCGACCACCGGCUGGGUGCGGCGGGACGAGGGCCUGCUGCUCCAGCUUGCGGGUUUCUGGUCCGGCGAGACCAACACGUUCCUCUUCCCGUGGGGCGAGGCCACGGUGACGCUGGAGGACAUGGCCGUGCUCGGGGGCCUGCCCCUGCUGGGCAGGCCUGUGUGGUCGCGGCUCCCGGACGAGCUCCGCGGGGACGUGGACGCGCUCGAAGCCGCCCGGAUCGCGCUCAACAGAUGCACGAACAAGAAACCCUCGUUUGCCCCGUGGGUUAAGCAAUUCGUCGAGCGGCCGACAGGGGAGGUCGUUGCCGCCGGCAGAGGAGAGACCGAGGCGGCCACAUUGCUCGAGCACGGCGCGUUUCUGGCCAUGUGGUUGACCAGAUACGUGCUUCCGGCGCAGCCAUUCGACGUGGUCAGACCGGACGUGUUCCCCCUCGCCGCCGGGCUGGCACGCGGCAGGUGCUCGGCCCUCGCACCCGCCGUUCUUGCCAACAUCUACAAUGACCUCUCCGCACUCAGUCACCACUUAAGCUUGGGCACCAGCCAUCAGCCGUUCGUGGCGAGUGCGCCGCUGCACAUCCUCCAGCUAUGGGUCUGGGAGCGCUUCCCAGAGCUGCGUCCUGAGGCUGAGAUACCAAGCACUGCCUCCCACGGCGACGAUCCCGGCGUGCCGAGGGCCGCCAAGUGGCACAACAUCAGAAACCCGCUUGAUCAUGGCUACAUCCACGCCGUGCUCAUGUCCCCGGAGGAGUUCCAAUGGAGGCCUUACGGAGGCAGUAGCUUUGCUCUGCCACAAGGCAAAGAUGGCAAAGAUGGCUGCUGGGUGCUCUGCCAUGAUGUAGUAACAAGCAAGGAGCUGCAGUCCUUUGCGCAGUGUCUGCUACCUUGCGAGCUCGUCGGCAUGCAAUGCAUCGAGCACUACUGUCCGCACCGCGUCGCAAGGCAGCUCGGCUUCGAUCAGGACGUACCCGGGACUAUCGCCCGUGCCAAUUCAUGCCGAAAGACCGCGUGGGCGACUUACAGGAUGCGGCCUGAAGACGUUUCGUUCUUCGUUCCACGACGUGAUCCGGGCAUGACGGUUGAAUACGCGCAAUGGUGGAAGCCUUACUCGUGGGCAUGUGCUGUUGCUGUUGCUAAUGCUGAAAGGAUGAAACAACUUCAUGCUGCAGCUAUUAGCCCAAGAACGACGAAAGCUGAUGGUUAUGAGCUUGCUAAUAAUGUCCAAAGUGAUACACCUCCCAGUCAAGGAGCAGUUAAUAAAGUAACUCAUGUCACUAGUGUUCAUGUCUUAGAAGGAUCCACUGAUGAUGAAAUGCAGACACACAAUGUCACAGAAAGAUCAGAGAGCGAAGGUGGAUACAGAAAGCUCUAGUGUUUCGGAAGGAAACAAUGAUGAUGCAUCUUCUGAUGGUGUAGUAUACGGAAAUAAUGUACUGGUCAAGAGAGUAAUUUCUACUAAAACACUCUACUAUCUUCGACCAUUCGAGCGGGUGAAAGGUGCCCAGGUCAGAGAUUCAAGAGCCACCAAUGCAGGUCAAGUGAUUCUCCAACCAGGACGGGAAGUCGGAACAACGGAAAUGAUUAGAGAGGCGUCUGAAGCACGAGAAGCGGAAAAGGUUGAGUUGGAAACGAUAAUCGAUCGUCUCAAGGAACAAGUUGUCGCGCUAGAGAUGCAGUUGCGGGACAGGAGAACUUCUAAAAUUUGAGGUAUAACUUGUUCGUAUAACUUAACAUAAUAUAGCGGUAGCUUGGGUCUUUAGAAGACAUCUCGUGAUGAAGAGUGCCACAAUAUGGUGGGCUAGUCUUGCCAGUGAAAUGAUCUUCAUCAGCUAAUUAUGACUUUGUGAGUGAAGAAACUGCGGCACCUACACCCCAUUAGACUCUAAUUAUAUGUUCCUGGCUGCUAUUUUCUUAUG